AUGCAGUGGGCGGAGUGGGCAGGGCGCGUGCAUGAGCUGGGAGGCGUUUUUGUGAGCGGCGAGGGGCGGGUGUUUAACUCAACCCAUGUGUUCCAUGCCAAUGGCUGCCAUGGGCUGAACCAGCACGGUACUGCUGACGUGGCAGGUAGCAGAGACAGGAGCGGAGCGACGGUGUUACAGCUGGCACCGCUGCUGCUGCAAGUGGCACCGUUUUUGAGAGAGAACCCGGAGUUGCCUCUGCUGCUGGGUCAAGCAUGGAUUCCCCGCCUGCUCGCCCCGGCAUCUCUCCGCGCCACCAUCAUUGCUCCGCCUGCUGCUGACGAGCUCUACUUUGUCAGACGCCUCAUUCAGCAGUUUGGGGAGAGCAACGUCACUGUGGUGCAGAGGCUCGCAUGGAAGCAAGCACGAACAAUCCUCCCGCGCACCUCUCUCCUCGUCUCCCUCCCCCUCCCCUCCCUCCUCCCCCUCCUCAUCUACUCUCGCCCCAACUCCUCCCUCCUCCUCCUCCAACCCCCCACUGGUCUUGCCGUCUCCCACACUCUCUCCUCCUCUUCUUCAGCCUCCUCUUCCUCUCUCCCUCCUUUGCCAUCCCAUCCCAUUCUCUCCACUCCCUCGCCCGAGCCGUUCCUUUCGUCUUCUUUCAUCGUCCAAUCUCUGAGCGCCACGUGUCACCUGCACGUCGUCUCGGUGCCGUCCGAGCGGCUGAAUUUCAAGCCUCUGCCGAAGCUGUGGCUCGUCACCGAGCCUGAGGCUCGGGAGGAUGGGGAAAUGGAUCUGGGAGAUUCCCAAGGAGGAGGUUCGGCAGUAGGUGCGGAGGGUGGAGGUUGGGGGGUGGAUGAAAGGAGGGAAAAUGGUGAUGAGGGCAAUGAUAAUGCUGACUGGGGUGAGGAAGAGGAGGAAGAGGGGGGAUUAGGGAACAAGUCUAUGCAGGUAGAGGGGAAGCGUGAUGAAGUGGAGGAGAGGAGAGAGAAAGAGGAGGAUGUGGGAGGAAUCCGGAUUACCUGGAGCAGGGAGGACCUGGGGGAGGCUGUAUCUGAGGCGUGCCUUCACCUGGGCUUGGAUUACGAAGGAGUGGGGGUGUCUGGGAUAAAAGCGGAUGAGAUUGUAAGGAGGGGUGGGAGCGAGGAGGAAUGGACAGUGAGAGAAUCUCUCAAAUACGAGUGGAGGACGCCACCUGGCAAAUGCCCAUUGGGCGGCUUGAAGCCGUUUGACGGGGCGGCGUUUUGCAAGCGGGCGAGGGAGGAGAGAGGAACGUUCACCAUCGUGUUUCUCGGAGACUCGCUGACCUUCCAGAUGGCUGGAAGUUUUUUGAACGGGCUGCUUCGGCACGUUGCCAAGCCUGCGUCCUGGGCUGUGGACGAAUCCGAACCUAAGCAGUGCGUGGAUUGGCUUCUUGGGAGAGGAGGUGGAGGAACCGGAGCAGGAGCAGGAGUGGGUGAGGAUGGUUCCAAGAAACUGCGUCGCGCUGCUCGCUGGAGGAAUUUAAGAAGUCAGGAUGGCAAUGCUAGUGCUGCUACUGGAGCUGAUAAUAUGGGGGUAGAAGAGGAAGGAGAGGAGGAAGAGGAGGAGGACGAGGAGGAGGAGGAUGGGGGUGUUGCUCCAGUGGUGGUGACACCACAUCCGUUCUGCAAGGUCUACGUGUUUCACGAGAAUGUGUGUCCGGGAGUGAAAAUUCAUGUGAUUCGCAACGACCACCUUUAUAUCCAGGACCCUGAUCUGACCAACUCAGCUGACGGCAGCAGCAACGGGAGUGCGACAGGUGGCAGCGUGCCAUUUGACCACAUGCCGUGGCACUUGUAUGAUGGGUUGGUGAACGCUGAUGUGGUGAUAGUUAACCGCGGCGCACACUAUAUUGGUGGGAGGGAUUUCGAGCUGUCGGUGCGAGCUGCCAUGAGGCUGCUUCGCAGGAAGCUUCCUCGCGCGCUUCUCGUGUACAGGAAUUCGCCGCCCGGCCAUGUGAACUGUUCAUCAUACGACCGGCCAAUCAAAAUCCGGCAGGAUCCGGCGACGUUGCCGUUCCAUUGGGAUACGUUUUCGGCGCAGAAUGAUAUUGCAAGGGAGAUAGCAGAGGAGGUGAAAGCGGUAUACAUGGAUGUUGAUACAAUGACGGCGCUAAGGCCAGAUGGCCAUAAGGGGUACGUGAAGGAGAGGGGGAUAACAGAUUGUCUGCAUUAUUGCACACCCGGUCCUGUUGAUACCUGGGUUGAAAUUUUUGGGAACAUUAUAGCCCAUGGGGUGUUCAAUGAAGGCUUUGAAAAGUAG